CAAGAAAUUGUUGUGUGAGAGAGAGAGUCAGAGAUAUAUAUAAACAAAUAAACCUUUUUGUUAUUAGGAAGCAGCAAUUUCUACAAAGAAAGGAGCCCUCCUUUUUGUUGCCCUGUGUCAAAAAAGAAACCUUUUUGGGGAUUUGGUUUCGCUUUCUUGGGGCCAAAAAAAAAGGAGAUGAAUCCGAAACAGGAGGCAAGAAACCUUCACUUCUUCUUCUUAGUCUUCGUCUUCUAUGUGUUCCUCCUCUGUGCUCGCUUUCAACCCUCUGAUGCUACUACCAAAGACUCGUCGGCUCAACAAGUGAAGUUACAGAAUCGUCGACUUGGCUCCUCCGUCGUGUUUCCUGUCUCCGGGAAUGUGUAUCCUCUUGGGUACUAUUAUGUGUUGCUUAACAUCGGCAACCCACCUAAGCUCUUUGACUUGGACAUUGACACUGGCAGUGACCUGACUUGGGUUCAGUGUGAUGCACCGUGCAACGGUUGCACAAAGCCUCGUGCUAAGCAGUACAAGCCCAAUCACAACACUUUGCCUUGUUCACACCUCUUGUGUUCUGGCCUCGACCUUACCCAGAAUAGACCUUGUGAUGACCCUGAGGAUCAAUGUGACUAUGAAAUCGGAUACUCCGACCAUGCAUCAUCUAUUGGUGCACUUGUAACUGAUGAGUUUCCUCUAAAACUCGCAAAUGGCUCCAUUAUGAAUCCUCAUUUGACAUUUGGAUGUGGGUAUGAUCAGCAGAAUCCUGGUCCACACCCUCCUCCUCCAACAGCGGGAAUCCUUGGCCUGGGAAGAGGGAAAGUAGGCAUCUCAACUCAGCUUAAGUCCUUGGGGAUAACGAAGAAUGUGAUUGUGCAUUGCUUAAGUCAUACUGGUAAAGGCUUUCUCUCUAUUGGAGAUGAGCUUGUUCCUUCUUCUGGAGUUACAUGGACUUCAUUGGCUACUAAUUCAGCUAGUAAAAACUACAUGACUGGACCAGCAGAGCUUCUCUUUAACGACAAGACCACAGGUGUCAAAGGCAUUAACGUAGUUUUCGAUAGUGGAAGCUCGUACACUUACUUCAACGCCGAAGCAUACCAAGCGAUUCUCGAUCUUAUAAGAAAAGACUUGAAUGGGAAGCCUUUGACGGACACAAAAGAUGAUAAAAGCUUACCGGUCUGCUGGAAAGGCAAAAAACCUUUGAAGUCACUUGAUGAGGUCAAGAAAUACUUCAAGACUAUUACUUUACGAUUUGGGUAUCAAAAGAAUGGUCAGCUAUUUCAGGUUCCACCUGAGUCGUAUCUCAUUAUCACUGAAAAAGGAAAUGUAUGUUUGGGUAUUCUGAACGGAACUGAAGUCGGGCUCGACAGCUACAAUAUCGUUGGAGACAUAUCUUUCCAAGGGAUAAUGGUGAUCUAUGACAAUGAGAAGCAGAGGAUUGGAUGGAUUUCUUCAGACUGUGACAAAAUUCCAAAUGUGAAUGACUACUAUGAAGGAGAUCUGUCAGAGGAAGCUUAUCCAAGAGGAUUUGGUUUGAUAAAAGAGCUUUUCUCAGGAAGUGAGUCUUCUAAGAACAAGAACUUGGUCUCAGAUGGAGAGCUUUGACACAGAGAAGAGUUCUUUUAAGUGAGGUUUUUGGUUUUGUUGUUAUCAUAGAAACAAGGAAAUAUUUUGUGAAUAUAUAUAUAUAUACCCCUUGUCUAUGUCAUCAGAUGUAAUCAAUCCAAAAAAAAAACUUUUUUUGUUCUUGAA